UGAACACUGAACAGCCAAGGCAAAUGUGGCUUUGACAUGGAGUAAAGAAUGAAGGCCUGUCAUUUUCAAGCACAUUUGUCUUGCAGCUCUGCAUACUUGGUUUGUGUGAAUUCCCCAAACACACAUUGCACACCAGGACCCAUCCUAGGUCCAGCUUGAGAGUGAAUGGGGAAUCUUGGGGCCCGUUUAUCUGACGUCUCUCCUUAUGGGUCCUCAGGAUGUCACAGCCCAGCAGCAUUUGGGUCCAGUUCUGGGAUCUCAGAGGCCAUAGAAUUCAGGCUCUAUCUUGAAGCCAUCAGCUGUCCUCCCAUAAGUUUCGGUAACACCGGCAGAAGUUUUCACGACCUUUGGUUUACCCUUUGGAUACACUUGGACCAAGCAUAUUUUUGAGCAUGAUCUGGCUGGAAGACCUUCGGCACAGAUUUCAGUGCAUGCACUAUUUACUGAGGGUGCUGAGGAUGUGGGGUCUUCCUCCCCGCCAUGCUCUGAAGAGGGGCUGGGGCCCUUUGAAGCCCAGGGCGGGCGGACCUGGGUGGAGAGCAGCACUGUGGUCUUUGCUGUCACAUUCUGUGCAGUUUACUGGAGUUUUGCAAUUGCGUGCAAGGUGAGAGGAGGAUGCACAGCACCGGAAGCAAAUGCCAUGGUCCUUCAGGUAAGUUUUGCGCUCCUCUAACAUUUUCAUCCUGAAGCCACAACACUUCCUCAAUGUAUGAGGUUUACUGUGGAUUGGGCAGUUUUUACUAAGAUCAUCCUCGCUGAUGGUUGAAUCUGUGCUGGGGGAGGCCUUGGGGGUUACCUCCAUUUUGUGGAGAGAGAUGGGCAUUCUCUGAUGGCUGUGUUUGGAUGUGGGUUUCGCACCCUUUGGAUUCUUGUUGCUGGGAAUGGCAAGGCUUGGGUCGUUUCUGGCCUUUGCCUCAUAACAGAUGAAACUAGUGAAAUACCAGAAUGGAGGGAAGGAAGCAUUGUUUUCUUCUUUGUAUUUCAUUCAACGAGAGAUCCACUUUUCACCGCCAGAGGUUGAUACCAGAGGUCCAGACAUGCUAGGCCGGGUAAGUAGCCAUCCUCUUUCACAGCCUGGAAUUCCAUUAGGAGAUCUCCCAGUUCUCUUAACCUGGCAGAGUCUUUAUUAAGGAUUUUGGUGAAGCUUUCUAGUUUUUUUAAAAAGAGCGUUCUCAAUAAUCUCAGGGGCACCAUAACACUCAACUAACCUUUUCCAGGCCAUGUCUAGUGUUGCACUGGGGUCACUAACAUGAACCAACCGCAAUCUUUUUAUACGGUCUGAAGAUUCUUUGCCUAGCCACUUGGUGAGUAGGUUGAGCUCUUCACUAGCUUUAAGGUCCAACCCCUGAAUGGCACCAACAAAGGCUCACCUCCAUGCUCUAAAGGUCUCAGGCUGGUCAUCGAACUGCACAAGACUUGUAUUUACAAGUUCGCGGCAUGCCAGAUAUUUGGCAAAGUCCAGCAUACCUGGAGCUCCUGGAUGCUGAAGCGGUGUCGAAUGUAGACUCGCCUGGGGGUGCCUUCUCUGCCAAGAGUGAGACAAAUGAGGACUGGAUGCUUCUAGCUUUCUUCAACCUUGCUGUGUCGAAUCACGUGGCUGGGAUGAUUUAUCAGAGGAAGUACACCGUUUGCAAUCAGCUAUGAUGGGACCAUCAGCUGCAUGGGCUGGACUCUGGAAAAUAGUCGCCUCAUUUUUGAAGAGUCCUUUGUCUGCUUCUUCAGUGGAGUUUGAUGUCAGGGACUAUGUUCUUCCUUCCUUUGAAGUGAAAAUAGAGGCACCAAAACCUUACCUCACUUUGAGAGAGGAGUCUUUUUCUUUCACUGUCUCUGCAAGGUAUACUUAUGGAAAGGGCAUUAGUGGCAUAGCCUAUGUGCGGUUUGGACUGAAUAAUGAGGACGGAGACAGGCUGUAUCUCAUUGGAACUGAAAAACAGACAAAAAUUGAGAACGGCAUGGCAGAUGUCUCUGUCCUUACUGCUGAUCUGCAGAGAGCAGCAGAAAACCAGAAUGUCUCAGACAUAGUGGGAAAUUACCUUUACAUAGCUGUGACUGCACUGGAGAAAGCAAGUGGCCAGUUAGAGGACACAGAGAGCACAUUUGUGAAGAUCGUGGACUCUCCUUAUGUCAUUGACUUGUCAAAGACCAAACAGUACUUCUCACCCCAGAGCUUGUUCUCCAUCCUGGCGUCCGUGUCCUACCCUGACGGCACCCCUGUCCCUAACCUUAGAAUGAGAGCCAACAUCACAGUGAAGCCGGUUGAAGAGACUUGGACCUUGAAGGGUUUUGGAAACACUCUGGGGGAAGUGAUGCUCUCCUUUCAAGUCCCAGCAUUGGCCAGGUCUAUGGACAUACAGGUGUUUGCAGAAGGUGAUGACAAUAAAGCUGUCUUUGGUGAUGUCAAAAUGAGCGCCAACGCAGUCCGGGCAACGCACAAAACUUACCUCACUAUUGAACUAGACCGUCACUUCCUGGCUCCAGACCAAUCCCUGACUAUUACAUUCAGAGACAUCACUCCACAAGGCACUGCCAGACCCACUCACAUCUAUUACAUGAUUCUGAAUAAAGGCAGAGUACUGCAUCUUCAAAGAGUCCAGAGAACUGAGGUGACCUCUGUCAGUGUGGACUUCAGCGUUGACCUGGUUCCCUCCUUCCGCAUUGUGGCCUAUUUCUUCACCAUUCAGCCAGAGGGCACCACAGUGGUGUCAGAUUCUGUAUUGGUGGAUGUAAAGGACGUCUGCGACGGGCAGAUCGAGAUUGCUCCGUUCAGCAUGCAUAAACCUGCACAGUCAGUGGAUGUGGUGGUUAAAACAGACAUGGUCAGUAAAGUCGCGCUCGCGGCGGUGGACACAGCCGUUUAUAUCCUCAACAAACAACACAAACUGACCCCUCACAAGAUGUUUGCAUACAUGAACUCGUAUGACCUGGGCUGCUCUGUCGGUGGAGGAAAAGACCACAAGUCCGUUCUACAAGACGCUGGGUUGACGUUCAUAUGCAACUGUAACAUGAAGAAUGACGGUCCUUACAGUAAUCAUAAAUGUAACAGUAAACAGAAACGACAGAAGCGAUCACUGGACAAAGCCUUUUCUAAAAUCGUGAACAGAUAUAAACAUCCAGAAAGAAAGUGCUGCGGAGAUGCGAUCAAACCGGACAGACUGAAACGGUCGUGUGAGGAGCGUGUGAAGAAGACUACACAAGCAUCAAAAACCUGCAGAGAUGUAUUCUACAAAUGCUGCAAGGAUGCCGAAGUGGCCCGCAGGGAAAAUUAUCUAAACAGGAUAAAAAACACGUAUGGAAGAGCUUUAAGCAACGAGGUUGAGAACGCUCUGGAGGAAGGCAACCUUCACAUACGAAGUUUCUUCCCUCAGUCCUGGUUGUGGUUGAUCUUAGACACAGAUGAGUCUGGUCUCCUCAAGCACUCAGUGAUUACCCCUGAUUCCAUAACAACCUGGGAGAUUCAAGCUGUCCGCAUGUCUCCCACAAAAGGGUUUUGUGUAGCUGAGCCAAAGCCAUUGAAGGUAGAACAAGACUUUUUUGUGUCGGUGAAACUACCAUACUCUGUGAAGAGAAAUGAGCAGCUGGAGGUCAAAGCUGUUGUUUAUAAUUACCUCAAAGAAACUCUAGAGGUCUUGGUAAAGAUGGAGAAGGUGGAGGGAUUAUGCACAGCUGGAGAAGACGGGGUGGAGCAGAACGUCACGGUUCAGGGGAGCUCAGCUGUGGCUGUGUACUUCUCUGUGGUUCCUCUCAUCACAGGAAACAUCCCCAUCACUGUGUUGGCCUACUCCUCCACCAUCAGGGACAAAAUACAAAAACAACUCAAAGUCGUGGGUGAGGGUGAGCUGAUUUCGCUACACAGUGAAUACAGUCUAAAUGCAAAUGGUGACAAUUUUCUGGAAGUUAAAAUUGAGAGUCCCCCUGACACAAUCCCUGGGGAAGAAAUAACUUCUAUCAGUAUCAAAGGGGGGAUCAUGGGGGAGUCUGUGGAAAACAGUCUGAAUCUGGAGGGUGUAGAUAAACUGAUCGCACUGCCCACGGGCUGUGCAGAGCAGGCCAUGGUGAAGAUGUCCCCGGCCAUCCAUUCCAUCCGAUACCUGGACACCGCUGGGCUUUGGCCAUCCUUAAAGGCAGGACGCAGGAACGAGGCAAUAUCACUCAUCCAAGACGGUUAUCACAGAGUCCUCUCAUACAAGAAAGUUGACGGUUCUUAUGGGGCAUUCCUGUCUACCCCUAGCAGUGUUUGGCUUACUGCUUUCAUUGCCAAGGAGUUAGCACAGUCAAAAGAGCUUAUCUCUGUGGAGGAUUCAUACAUUCAGGAGGCCAUGACCUAUGUGAUAUCCAAACAGACGGAAAGUGGCACAUUCACUGAUCCCAAUCCUGUUCUGGACAGGACCAUGAAGGGUGGAAUUGGAAACACGGAGGGGGAUGCAGCAAUGACCGCCUUCAUACUGAUAGCGAUGCAGCAUGCUUCAAAGGCCUACGACACAGAAACAGACCAACCUUUGAGGAAGGCAAUGGAGAAAGCAAGGUCAUACUUAGAGGAGGAGUUAGAUGACUUAAACAGUCCAUAUGAUUUGGCUAUCACAGCAUACGCCCUGUCUCUGACCAGUCCCACAAGCAAAGCCACCAUACAAGCCCUGGACAAACUGAUGGAAAUGGCUAUCUGUGAUGAAGUGAAGGAGACCUGUCACUGGGAUACAGGUAGGAGCGGAGACAGUUUGGAUGGCAGCCAGGCUAAUUCUGCAUCUGUGGAAACCACAGCAUAUGCCCUUCUCUACAUCAUUUCCCAGGGCAACAAUGACACGGCUACAAGCAUCGCCAAAUGGCUGACGGAGCAGCGCAAGUAUGGGGGUGGAUUCCGCUCCACACAGGACACAGUUGUAGCCCUGGAGGCCUUGGCCAAACUCAGCAUGCAGGACAAGGAGAUGGAGCAGCUGGACCUUACAGUACAGAUGAGGCUUCAGAACGGCCGCAAAGAAAAAGUCCAUCUGAACAAACACAAUGCCCUGACUCAACCGUCUAUUGAGAUAGAAAAUGGAGGCGGCAUGUCAGUCAGAGUAAAAGGAAGAGGAAGUGGAACAUUAUCGAUCAUGCACUCAUACAGAUCUCUGAAAAUGCCAGAGUCGUUCUGUGAUCAUUUUCAUCUUGAAGUCUCUCUGACAGGCGAGGUGCAGUAUAGUGCAGAGGAGUAUGAGCCUAUUCCUGCUGACUACUACAGUUAUGACAGUGAUGAAGAUCUACUCCAAAGAGAAGAGUCAGUGGACAAACUGGGGUGGUUUGACCUGCGAAUGCGCAGAAAGAGACAAGCCCCAGAGGAUCCAGAGAAGGAGACAUCCCUGGUCUAUAAAGUGUGUUUAGGGAAGAAGACCAGUGAACCCACUGGGAUGGUCAUAGUGGAUAUUUCACUGUUGAGUGGACUGAAACCAAACAUACAGGAUCUUGAGAAUAUUGCAAAAGGAACCGAGAAGUACAUUGACCAUUAUGAAAUCCACCAAAACAAAGUUUAUCUUUACUUCAAUAAGGUCACUGAGGGAAAAGACUGUCUUCUGUUUGGAGUUGAACAGAUUGUUCCCAUUGGGCUGGUACAGCCAGCCGCAGCUGUGAUCUAUGACUACUACAAUCCAGAGAGGAGAUGUGGUGUGUUUUAUAACGCACCUCAGAAAAAUGUCAUGCUCUCCAAACUGUGUGACGGGGCCGUGUGCAUAUGUGCAGAGGGUGAUUGCCCAAAGCUGCAAGAGACAUUCAAGAUCACAGAGCAAAGCGCUCGGAGUUCAUUUGCCUGCUACUCUGCCAGAGUAGAUUAUGUUUAUGUCGUUCAGAUCUUCAGCAUGACAGAAGAUGAUGUUUUCAUUCAUUACAACUCUACAGUUACCAAAGUCCUUCAGUUGGGUGGGGACGAUGAAAUCCAGAGGAAUGCAGUUCGUGAGAUGAUACAUCGCAAAGCCUGUGGGUUUAAAAUGAAGAGGGGAAGUCAGUAUUUGAUCAUGGGAACUGACGACCAGCUUACGCGCAAUACAAGAGAGGUUAGGUACAUACUGGACAGAAAAAUGUGGAUUGAGGAGAUCCCAGAGGAGGCGAAAUGUGCAGUGACCAGAAGGCACCUGUCCUGUAAGCUACUCCAGGACUUCAUGCAAAACCACCUGCUUAACAAGUGCUCUGUUUAGAGCAACUUCUUCCCAAAGAGUGAAAACCAAGCAGAACUGUAGGAGUGAGUAUGUAAUGGAAGACUCCAUUCAUUCGGUCAUGUAUGUGCCUUUAUUGUCAAUGUCUAUUGACUGAGACGUGUUUAAUAUUCUUACAUUCAGAACAGGUCAAAUCAGGGAACAGGCCAGAUAAUCAUGUUCUUAUUACAGUCUCUGUAUCCAGUGUCGGCUGACAAAGUACAUUAUGAGUAUCUUUACCUUGUUCUUUGCUGUACGAAAAAUCGGAAAACAUUUUGAAAUGUUUUAUACCACAUAUGUAUUAAAUACUAUGGCUUAACAUUGGCUUCCCUUUCAUAAUAACGAGAUUACUUCCUUUAUGAUUUUUUAAUCUACAUCAUUAAACAACAUAUUGGAUCAAGCA